CCCUCCAAUUUCUUCCACCCAAUAUCUAAGCUUUCUACUCAUAUUGUUCUCUUCCAUUAUAUUUCUCUCGAAUUCCUAGUUUAAUAUCAUGAUCAGUAACAAGAAGCUCAUCAAGUUGGUGAAAAGAUGGCAGAAAUUCGUUGCCAUCCGAAGAAAGAGGAUUUCACUUCCAAGACUAAAUGAUGAUGCAGAUAGCUGUAGUACUUCCUCUGCAGUUAGUAAGGGUCAUUUUGCUAUCUACACGGCUGAUCAGAGGCGGUUUGUUAUCCCUUUAUCUUACCUCGAGAAUGAGAUUAUUAGGCAACUCUUAAACUUGUCCGAACAAGAAUUUGGACUUCCAAGCAAUGGGCCUAUUACACUACCAUGCGAUGCAGUCUUCAUGAACUACAUCAUUUCACUUCUUGGCCGAGGCUUAUCCAGAGAGCUCGAGAAUGCAUUGCUUAUCCAAGUUACUUCAUCCCAGUGUUCAUCAGCUUCACUGCACCAUGAAGGGUCGAGAAAUCAGGAAUUGCUAGUUUGCUGACAGAUAGUAUUGAUUACUUUUAGUAUACUUAAAAAUUGAAAUGUAACUCAACUCAUAGCUUCCAAAUUUCAAGAAUUUUUUUUUU